AUGACUGCGCAGCCCACUGGCAAAACAUUUGCAGAGGAAAACGGAAGCCAGACACUCUCGCAUGAACCGAUCCACCAAAACCAGAAGUGUGAGCAUGCUGAGUCACUUCAGAAUCCACUUGAGCGUCUUGGUCACCCGCCUCCCGAUGAGAAAGCAGUAGACGGAAAACGAAAGGAAACUGACCACCCUCCAACGCACCUAUGGAACAAGCGACUUCGAUCUGACAGCUCCGUCAAAUAUUGGAUACGACAUAAUUAUCGGUGGCCCAAGCAGUCAUUGGAAUGCAACUUGAUCAGCGAUCCACAACGGGCCAAAUACAAAGAUCGAAGUUUUGAUCGGAGCAGCAGUGUGCACUGGGGGGCCCACAAGGGACGGUAG